AUUCAACCUCGUUUUUAAGCAACUUUAGGUGGAUUUUUUCUAAAAUAUUUAGUAGACCAAUAACAUUUCAAUUUUAAAGUAUUUCGUUUUAAAGCUUAUAAGUAAAAAAGCAUAUUUGCUAAAUUUUCGUUUUCCUUCUUUUGUGUAUUUCAUUGCAAUAUUAGUAUAAUUUAAAAACAUUAAAAAUUAUAGUUUUUUUCUUUAUAUCUGCUUUAAUGUUUAAUUUAUUUGGAAAAAAACAGUCUACGGUUUCAACUACCAAGACACCUACGUUGGACAAACAAGUUUCUCAAGAUGAUUUGAGAUCUCAAAGAAUUGAGAAGAGUCGACGAUUAGUUUCCUCUGUUGUUGUUUCAGAAGAAAUUAUCAACCCCACCAAUGCAAAUGACUACGUUCGCUACGUUGAGGUUCCAACUGUGGAGGAAGUUGAAGUAAAUAUACCAAAAGUGUCGGUUGUUAAUGUACAGAAAAGAGUUCCUGUAUAUGAAAUUGAAUAUCAAGAUAAGAUUGUUGAAGUACCUCAAAUUGUUUACGUCGAUAACCCGGUAGAAGUUCCAGUUGUUCAAAAUAAAGUGCGUGAAGUUGUAGUUAAACAAGUAAAGGAAAUUCCAAAAGAAGUUAUUAAGAAGGUUCCUAAAAUUGAAUACAAGACCAUUGAAAAAAUUGUUCGUGUACCUGGCGAACGCAUUGAGGUUCCAAAAGUAUACAAUGUUGAGAAAACUAAUAUUGUAAAACAGUAUAAAGAUACAGAAGUUCCAGUUGUUGUCGCCAAAACAAUGCAACCUUUAGUUAGUGUAUCCAACAAAACUGUUUCGGUUCCAGUUGUACGGUAUGAACCUGAAAUCGUUCAUGUAGAUAUUCGCGUCCCUAAACCUGUGAAAACGUCUCUUAUUCAAGCUGGUGUUUCUGAACAUGUACCAAGACAGACUGUACAAGUUCCGGCAGCACAGUAUAAUUCACUACUAAAACUUCUUAAUAAAAACUUAUCAGCUGAAGAUCAGCAACAAUUACCAUAUAUGGUUGAAAAUGGUUCCAUUCCCUUUUUAAAAGAUGAUGAAGCAAUCCCAGCUGUUAUUCUUUCCGGUCAAAAUGGUUUAAGAGAUUUCAAGUAUUUAAAAAAUUCUAAAAUUGGUAAUUCUGGGUUCCUUUCUCAAGCUACAUCGUGUUGGAAAAAUCCCUUUAGUAUGUCACAGAUUGGCCAGUGUGCCCCCACUCACAAGUUGUCACCUUUUUGUGGUCAAUCGUAUAAUACACCUAAGACAGAAAACACAAAGUCAGCUGAGCAUAAUCUUACAAACCUACCUUCAGCAAGAAAAAAUAAUUCUUCUGUUCAUCGCACUUUUUUCGGAUGCUAAAUUGAAUGUUUCUCAAUUGAUUGUUUCAUGUUUGCAAAUGACCACAUUACAAUAAAUUCUCUUAUUGAGAAUUCAAAUUUUACAAUGAGUCUAUUGUUGACGUUUUUCAUUGGUAAAAACUUGUGAAAUGUUUCUUAUUUGUAUGGUUACAUAACGUUUUUCUAUAUACUAAUGACUUUUAAAUAAAACAAUUAAUUGUGAAUUGAUGAAAAAAUUUCUUCA